AUGGCGAGCACCACCAACGCCGCGGUGAUUUUCUGCGUUGUUCUAGUUUUCCUGCAGGUGUCGUGCGUCUUUUCCAGGCACCCCACGGAAGGUAAGUUCGAGCUUCGACAGAACGUCCCGGCGGUGAUGACAGUGAACGGCUUCCAGGAAGGAGAGGGGGGCGGCGGGCCGGCGUCUUGCGACGGCCAGUACCACAGCGACGAUGAGUUUGUGGUGUCGCUGUCCUCGGAGUGGUACGCAGGCGGGGCACGGUGCGGCAGGUCGAUCCGCAUCGUCGACUUCACCAAUCUUGGCAUGAACGCCAAGGUCGUCGACGAGUGCGCCGGCUGCGACAACGAGGUGGGCGCCUCGUCCCAUAUCUGGAAGAACUUCAAUCUUGACACCAGCCAAGGUGAGGUCAACAUCAGAUGGUCCGACCUGGACUUUUAA